UAAAGUGCAGCUGGGCACCCGGGGCAGGACGGAGCCAGCCCACAGCCGUGUCCGCGCCCACCGGGCUGGGAGAGCAGGGGGGCCGGGAAGUUUGUGUGCCCGGGGCUGGCUGCUGGCUCCCGCUCGCCUGCACGGCUCCAGUGGCUGAAUUGCCCAGGAUGGGGUCCCCUCACUGGAAAAGGCUUUGCCUUCUGCUCCUGGCAGGUUUAACAUCCUCCCUGCUCCUCUACAGUCACUACCACGCUACGGUGGAGGCGCCCACCAGCCAGAGGAUCAUAGCCAGCUUGCUGCAGCCAGGGCCACUGGUCCUGGCUCCCUCAGGGACACCGCAUGGAGCCAGCAGCCGCAGGUGGGCUCUCGGAGGCAGCUGGGAGAGUGGGAAUUCCUUCAAGCCCUCUGCCGAGCUGGAGGAGCCGGAGCCCAGCAGAAAGCAGCCCAGCCCCUGCCUCCACUCUGUAAUGGCCCGAGCAAAGGCAGACCCCAAGUUUCGGGAGAUCUUCCGCUUCAACACCCCCGUGCUGAUGUGGGACCAGCACUUCACCCUGGAGACCUGGAACAGGUUGAAGACACGACAUGUCCCCUAUGGCUGGCAAGGCUUGUCCCUCGCAGUGGUGGGCAGCACCCUCCAGCUCCUCAACGCCUCGGCCAACCAGCACCUCUUCGACAGGGCUGCCUUCCCCGGGGGCUGUGUCCGCUGUGCCGUGGUGGGCAACGGUGGCAUCCUCAACGGCUCGCGGCAGGGCAAGGCCAUCGACAGCCACGACCUGGUCUUCAGGCUCAACGGUGCCGUGAUCAAGGGCUUCGAGGAGGACGUCGGCACCAAGGUUUCCUUCUACGGCUUCACGGUGAACACCAUGAAGAACUCCCUCAUCUCCUACGAGGAGUAUGGCUUCACCCAGAUACCCCAGGGCAAGGACCUGAAGUACAUCUUCAUCCCCUCGGAUGUCCGUGACUACGUCAUGCUGAAAUCGGCCAUCCAGGGCAGCCCAGUGCCCGAGGGCUCGGACAAGGGGGACAACCCACAGAAGUAUUUUGGACUGGAGACAUCUGCAGAGAAGUUCAAGCUGCUGCAUCCUGAUUUCUUGCAGUACCUGACAGCAAGGUUCCUGCGGUCCGAGCUCCUCAACACCCAGUACGGCUCCCUGUACAUGCCCAGCACCGGAGCCCUCAUGCUCCUCACCGCGCUCCACACCUGCGACCAGGUCAGUGCCUACGGGUUCAUCACGGCCAACUACGAGCAGUUCUCAGACCACUACUACGAGGUGGAGAAGAAACCUCUGGUGUUUUAUGCCAACCACGACAUGAUGCUGGAGGCAGCGCUGUGGAGGAGCCUGCACCGCGCAGGGAUCAUCACCCUCUACCAGCGCUGAGGCCAGGAGGCUGCCCACAGGGGCAAGUCCAAGGACUCUUGUGGCUCUUCUCCUUUCUCCUGAGGGUCACCUUCUCCCUCCUGAGGGCUCUUCCCAGCUGGCCAGCCAGCCCACGGAGCAGGCUUGCUGCACCACAGCCAGCAGUGAUGUGAGGAUAACGGGGAAGCUGAAGCUGGUGGAGGAAUGCUGCUUUCCUCAGGGAUCAGCGUGAUUGAACGUGGCCUUUGGGGCAGCCAGAAGCAGCACAGCACAUGGCUGUGCCCUGCCAGCCCCAUGGAUGUGGCUUUGGGGCAGCAGUGGAGAACAGGAGGGGCAGGGUGAUGCUGGAAGAGGAUGCUGGAAAAUGUCCUUCACCUUAAAUGCUCAUCACCAUGGUGGGACCACAGCAGGCAGGAUAAAUCCUUGCACUGGAGCUCAGGUGACAAGAGGUGACAUGUCUGGAGAACACUUCUCUCCAGAAAGACAGCAGAAAGUCACAGCUCCAGCCAGCUGUGUGUAGAUGUGAUCCAUUCCAGAAGGAUCUGUUUGCCUCCCUGGUCAGUGGCACAGACAGAAGGACAGACACAGUGGGCCCUGUCACUGUCCCCUUCUUGAGGUCUGCUGUUUUCUGGCAAGUAAGGGGCUCAAAAGCCAUCAGCUACAAGGAGGGUCAAGGCAGCUCAGCCAGGACUCCAGGAACAUGUCCAGGCUCUGAGCAGCCCAGAGGUGACACUGGCCUCAGCCAUGUGUGUGUGGCACUGGCUUUGUCAGCCUUUUCUUGCACAGGGACUCUGUGGUGCUCUGAGAGGCAGCCCCACACCAGGUGGGUCAAAGUGAUGGUCACUCUUUUAAUUUCCUUCCCUAAACCCCAAGGGAGGGGAGGAUCCUGAACCUUUCAGAUGUCCCUCAUACACCAGCACUGCUCAGGGAGACCCACCAGGAGAGGCUUCUGCAGCUGGUGGGGGCUGGAGACAGAGCAGUGUAAUCCAAGACACUUUCCCACUUUGUCUAAUUACAUAAAUGUUAAAUGAUUGUUUUCUUUAA